CAGCUGCCGUCAGAACGUUGAGUCAAACAGGCAACACUUUCAACGAUGAUCUAUGGAAAAUCUCCACUAGAAUGAUGGAAAGAAGAAGGUAUAGUCCUCCAGGUCCAACUAUUCUAGGAUUUGAGAGUUUAAAUCGAUGUUUGCAUUUAGUGGGAUUACUGCACAAUGUGGUAUGGUGCAACACUGAAUGCCCAGUUUGGUAACUUUGUGGAAAUGUCGUGCUGAGAGAGAAACCUGCCUUCCAAAUUUCAUGUUCAAGCCUUAGACGCAUAUGCGGCCGUUUGAAAAGGAGACGGAGUAGACAGGAGGGGCGGCACGUUUGGUGAUUUCGGUUCACAGACCGUAUGGAUGUAUGAGACUUCUUUAUUGAAACCAACCGUUGGGGAAAGUGUCGUUCAAGAGAAAACGAUGUGUUUUCCUACUGGAUGAAUUUUAUAUUCAUGAGGGGAAACUCACCCAGUCAUACUUUUCCAAGAGCCUUCUUGAAGGUAGGCUACGAAUCCCACGCGUCAGUAAUAUUUUAUGCACAGGGGAAGAUAUAGGACAGGAGCAUGGCUGACUUUCUGGACUAUUUCAACGCAGCUCAGUUCAGACAAGAAUCGGCUUCCUAGCCGUCUCUUCUUGACCAGAGCCCAAGCCCCCCUCCGACACAUUCCUCCUUCACCAGCUUCUCUCUCCCCUCCUCUCUGAGAUCAAUGCUUCAUUAUUUAUAUAAUGGGAUGCGUCAAAUCCAAGAAGAGCGAUCUGAUCCAGUACGCCAACUCGGUGGAGAAGGCGGACGGCAAGCCUGGGAAGCGGCAGGGCGUGAACACGCUGCUGGUCCACUAUGAAAGGGGGUCGGCGGACGACUCUGCUCGGGUGGACCCCAUCCUGCUGGAGUAUGCCCAGCGGCUGUCGGAGGAGAUAGUGGCCCGGGCCGUGCAGCAGUGGUCGGAGGUGGACAGCCGCUACAGUGACAUCCCCUACAUUGAGUGUGAUGUGCCUUGAACCUCUGUGGAAAGGAUUACUACUGGAUGCCCAGCAGACAGACAGACGACAGACAUCACUCUGAUUCAGGUUGAAACAAUACAUUACGAAGAUCUACCAGCUGAAAAUGGCAAGAUGUUGAUGCCAUUCUAUGGUCCAAAUACAUUUUUCUGUUUAAUUCAUACUUGGACAGACAAAGACCUUGGUUACUCCUCUCAUUUUCAUCCAUACCAUGUGCUUGCCUCCAUUGUUAGCUAGAUGAUGAGAGUUCCGAGCUGGGGUGUGUGUGAUAUCUUUGUCUUGGGAGCCGAUAAAGCAGAAGAGUAUCAUUGAAUCCUGCUUUGAAAAUGUACCGUAUCUGCCUUUCAUUUAAUAUCUACCGUUUCCGCUUGACGCAUGCCAUCCUAGGGCCAAAUAGCAGGUCCGAUGUAGGAAGUUAUUUAUAGGCACCUCAAGUGGGCAGUGUUUUUCACUUGAGAUUUUUGCUGGAGUCAGCAGGUACAUGCCUCCCUCUCCAUCUGUCUGCCCAGACAGAAGCUCCCAGUUCAGGGUUCUUGGAUAAUGGCAUCCUGGGGAGCCUGUGGUUGACCAACAAAGGAGAGCUCAUUAUUCAUUCUGCCCACCUACCCAUUAAGCAUGUCCGAUGAUGAGCUGCAGCAACCAAGGACCUGACAACGGUCACUUUGACGAAAUGAUGCUCUACAAACAUGGCCGUGGGAAGAUGUUUUUUCUCCACUCAUACAGGAGUAUUCUGUGAAUUUGAAUGCCAAUGACAAUAGGACAUCCCUGAGGGCUGGCUAAGUCCCCAUGCCUUGAGGAAAUCAGGACACUAGGAUGGAUUGACACACUUUUACCGGGACAUGGCACAAAACGAGAGCUAGGUUCACAAAUACCUUUUGUUUUCGCCAAAAUGUCUAGGGCCAAGCACCCUGGUUCUAACAUACUGUAUUCUACACAAUGAUGAACUACUGCCAUCUGCCACAUAGAAUUUACAGCACAAAUAUGCAACUCUCAAAGGCCAUGGUAUUUUUAUUGAGAGCAAAUGGCUUUUUAAAAUAGUAUAAUGCUAUUUUAACAGGCCAUAGCCACACAUACGCACAACGGAGAGUUGAGUUGUUUGGAAAAGGGGAACAACUGUCCUUAAUGAAUGAUAAUACAAGCACAACACGUUUGAUGGGCUUUCUUAUGGCGUUUAUAAGAUAGAAGGUCAUAUCAGUGGGUUUUAGUCUGUCAUGGGAGGUCAGUUCCUACCAUACCACAACUGAUGUUGAAGAAGCUUUAAAUGCGGAUUAGUCUAGGCUGGGCAACAUGUACAUUUCCCAGAACAUUAAUCAGGGUGCUAAUGUGUACACCACAAAGAACAAGUAGACAUUAUUUCACUGGAAAAGGAAGUUUGAUGUGUGUAUCUCAAGUAAGAUUUGGCUGCUAGGCCAUUAGGUAUGCUCAGUAAAGAAAAUGGUAGUGGUGUGCUUUAAAUGCUACACCCAAAAAUCCAUUACAGUUAAAAGCAACAAAUAUAUAACGAAAUUACGCUAAUCUGGGUUGAAAGAUUAAUCUCUUGAACCCAUUCAAUUAUGUAAACAAAUUGAAAAGCUUAGCGGUGACAAUUUCUUCCCAUACUGUAUUCCUAAAUCUAAGAACUGGGAGGUGGAGGGUUUAGAACAGGGGUGUCAAACUCAUUCCAUGGAGGGCCUAAUGUCUGCUGGUUUUAGUUUUUUCAUUUCAAUUAAGA